AUGCUUGCACAAACUUUAACCACUCUCGUGGCCAUCGCCACGUGCGCCGCAGGGGCAGCUCUCAACCCUGCAGCCUUUGCAGCAUCUGAUGUCAUCCGAAAAGACUUUGUGAUUCUCGGUGGUGGGGCUUCUGGUACAUACGCUGCAAUCGCCCUCAAGGACAAGGGCAAAUCAUUCGUGGUUGUUGAAAAGGGUGGCCGCCUCGGUGGACACGCCCGUACAUACUACGACCCCAAAACCGGAAAGGGCGUCGACUUUGGUCUUCAGAUCUACCUGAACGACAGCGUCGUCACCAAUUUCUUCGAUCGCCUGAACACCCCGUACACAGCUGUAUCACCAACUCAAUUCGGAUCUCCAUUCAUCCACGCCGACUUCGCCAAGAAGGUACUCAUGCCAAACUACAGCCGUGGCUCUCUCGGUCAAGACUAUCUCGAUGAUCUUGCAAAGUUCAACCCCGGUGCCAACGAUCUCACAUACCUCAAGACUCCCGUUGACCCGGCUCUGACCCUCACAUGGCCCGAGUACAUCGAGCAGACCGGUCUUUCCAACGCUUCUGCCUAUGCCGCUUUCAACCGACCUGCGAUUCCCGGUCGCCUCCGCGAGGACCUGGCCUUGUAUGUUUUCAACGACCUGAACGAUGUCAUGAUCCGUGAAGGGCAGCGAUACGGUGCCAUCGUCAAUGCCAACCGGGACAACUCCCAGCUUUACAGGAAUGCCCAAGCCGAGCUCGGAUCGUCGGUGCUCUACAACUCACAGAUCAUCGACGGCAUCCGAGCCAACAACAACGUUCGCCUAGUGGUGAACACACCCACCGGCCGGAAACUCAUCGUCGCCAAGCAAGUCAUCAUUGCCAUGCCACGAAUCCUCUCCAACAUGCAAACGCUCGGCUUGGAUUCCAAGGAAAAGGCGCUCAUCUCACAAAUCACUGGAGGCCAAUACUAUGGCGGUGUAGUCAACAACACCGGUCUGAUGCAAACCGCUGCCUACCCCAACCGCGGCGUGGACACGGCGUGGAACGUCCCCGACGUCCCCAGCGUCGUGACCAUCAGUCCGUCCCCCGUGGACGGCUUCCACUACUACUGGUACACAUCCCUCCAGGCCACGACGCGCACUGUGAUCGAAUCCGCCGUGCGCGACGCCAUCUCGACCCUCCAGACGCUGACCGGCGCCGCCAAGACCACCCCCAACUUCGUCGACUACCAGGACUUCACUCCCCUGCAAUUGCGCGUGUCGGCGGACAACAUCAACUCGGGCUUCUACCAGAAGUUCAACGCCAUGCAGGGCUACAAGGGCACUUGGUAUGUCAGCGCUUUCAAUGUCCCCGGUUCCAGCCAGCUCUUCAAGAACACGAUGGACCUCCUGCCGCAGAUCAUUGCCGCUGCUGGGAAUUAG